AUGGAUGAAUCUAUACGACAGCUGAAGAAGCUUCCAAUGAAUAAUAAUAUAUGGAUGCAGACGUUUGUGCAUCAUAGACAGCUAAGUCCAUUGUUGGUGAUGAAAUUGAAGAAUUUGGAGAAGAAGCACUUGGAAAUCAGCGAUGGAUUGGAAUUGCUGAACAAUAUGUUUAUGAUACGUGUUAUAAUCGCAGCUAUUACAUUCAGCGUGGUCACUUUCGAUAUAUAUUUCUAUAUAAUCUCUUUACACAGUAAAUUUUCUGCUAGCAGCAAGUUCUGGUACAAACCUCGACCGCGGAAACUUGAACCAAGGAAAAAUCAAAAACAUAAAUCAUCGUCGUCAUAUUUCGGGAGUUACACAUCUUUAAUGAGUCCCAGUGCCUCCUUCAAUCGUUUAAUGGGAUUUUUACCAUACAAACUCGAAUCGUCGAAAUUUGUAUAUUCGAAAUCAUACUUUGUUUUCUCUACAAUUUCCAUCAUUAUUUACUUGAUCUGCGUAAUUCUUUCUCUGUACCAAAUCAACUUUUCUCAUAUGAGAUUUAGAGAACUUGUAUAUCAAUUGCAAUUUGCUCUGAUAUUUCUUUGUGGGUCUGUGAUUUUCAUCUCGGCUUAUGCCAAAAAUCAAUCAAUGAUCCGAGCGAUCGAUGGUAUCUCGAACGUUUCACGUAUACUAUCAUCAGAAACUUGUCGUAAAGUGGUUAAAAAGAUUCUUAUGAAAGACAUCUCAAUCCUGUUACCACUAAUAUUUUGCAUUCCAUACAACUUGUUCUACGUACCUUAUAUUUUUUGUUAUACUUAUUGGUAUACUUUCAUCGGUGCUAUGGUAUUAACUAGCUUGUACACGAACAACGUAUACGUGCUAAAUGCCUGCUUUAAAUACAUAAACGAUUCUUUAGUGCAAGUGAAGGAAAUUCUAGUUAAUGAUGAGCCUCAUCUACUCAGAAGAGUCUAUCAUAUGCAGAAGAAUCCUAUAUUGUUAACGAAGCUGCGGACUCUUAAAAAGCAACAUCUAGAGAUGAGCGAAGUCGUUCAGCUACUGAAUAAUACGUGUAGCAUGCAAAUUGAAGGCAUAUUAACAAUAAUGUCCAUCUUCAUUAUAUUCACUGUGUACAAUUAUUUAUCCACGCACAAAGAAGUGGGUGAGGUGAAAUCGCUGACUCUUAUUCUUGGCUACGCGAUUUAUUACAUCGUACAUGUAAUUAUCACAGUUGCGAUCGUUGAAAUUACCAGGGAUCAAAUGCAGAAAACUGGCUGCGACGUUCAUCGAAUUCUUGUACAUACUUUCGACGAGCAGGUGACGACGGAGUUGGAGUUGUUUUCGUUGCAAGUGCUACAAAAGGGUAACGCGUUCGUGAUGAAUGGACUCGUAAUAGACGCAACCCUUUUGACAAAGGUAGUAGGAAAUUGGAUCAAAAGAGAUGAACUGUUUUUAUCAACACUUUUUACAGAUGGCGUGCGGCAUUACCACUUUUUUAUUAAUAUUAGUGCAGUUCCUACUCGUCGAGUCUUGUUGAUGAGAAGCUUCAAUUAG